AUGGCGUCUGCUAUAGGAUUAAAUAUAAAACUUCGUACCAGUAAUUCUUCAUAUGAGUCUGCUGCUGAUAAACCUAUGAUUUCUACUAAAUGUACAGAAUUUGAUGAAGAUUCCUAUUUGAAUAAAUUAUAUUUAGAGGAUACUUAUUGUUCUAUGGGUAUUCCUCGCUCAAAUUCAAAUUACUUGUGUAUUUUUGAAAAUUUAGAUACUGCUCCCGCUGUCUCAAAUAAAAGUAUAAAAUAUCCUGUUCAUGCGAAUGGCCCUCCAGCAUUAGAAAAAUAUCUAAAGCGAUAUCACGUUACCUCGCAUAUUGGUCAAACCAUUUUAGAUUACAAUUAUGAACCUACAUAUGCACCUAUUACUAAAACUGCUUGUCUUGAUAUAAAUAAUGGAGCCGAUGUAAUUUACCUAGAAAAUCGAGAUGUUGGAGUAUUGAGUAGAGGAGUUCAACAACGAGAUGAUGGAGGUUGUGAUAUGUCUGCAUCUACAAAAAGUAUGACUGCUACAUACACAACUGGUUUUACUCAAAAAUACAGUCAACCAUUGGAGAAGCCAUAUUACAUUAGACCAGGUUCUAGUGCAAAUACUAAAAAAACUCAACCACAAGUACAUUUAGGUUUAUUGCCUACACCAAAAAUAAAUCCAGCUACUAAAACAACAGACAUACAAAAUUCUUCUUUAUAUUAUGAAGUUGUAUUUACUAUGGAAACAGAAUCUAGAAUAGAUUCCUUAUAUCCAAACUCGAAUUGUGUACAUGGACCAUGGGAUGAAGCUACUUUUAUUGCUAAUAAACAUGUUGUUUAUAAAGGUGGUGCUCCUACAUUAUUAGGGUUUAACGAUAGGGGAUUAAGUGCAUAA